UGAGGGGGGGGUGCUUUGUUUGGGUCUCGCGCCCCCCUCCCCCGGAUCCACGCGUGGGUGCUUGGUUGUUGUUUUUUUUUCCCCCACCCCCCCCCGAUUUUCCUCUCUCCUGGGUGGCUCGCCAUGGCCAACUCCGGGCUGCAACUGCUGGGCUUCGCGCUGGCCUUGCUGGGCUGGGUGGCCCUGAUCGUGGCCACCAUCCUGCCUCAGUGGCGCAUGUCCUCCUACGCCGGGGACAGCAUCAUCACGGCCGUGGCGGUCUACCCGGGGCUGUGGAUGUCCUGCGCCUGGCAGAGCACGGGGCAGAUCCAGUGCAAGGCCUACGACUCUAUCCUCAACCUCAGCUCUGCUCUCCAGGCCACGCGGGCUCUCAUGGUGGUCUCCAUCGUGAUGGGGGUCAUCGGCAUUGGCGUUGCCUCCAUGGGCAUGAAAUGCACCCGCUGCGGGGGGGACAACAAGGUGCAGAAGGCGCGCAUCGCCAUGGACGGGGGGCUCAUCUUUGUGGUGGGAGGUUUAGCGGCGCUGAUCUCCUGUUCGUGGUACGGAAACCAGAUCGUGCGAGAUUUCUACGACGUCAUGGUACCUGUGAACACCAAGUAUAGAUUUGGAUCAGCGAUCUUUAUCGGCUGGGCCGGGUCCGCCCUGGUCUUGCUGGGGGGGGGUCUCCUCUCCUGUUCCUGCCCUGGGAAAUCGGGGUACAGCAAGUCGUACCCCAGGAGCAAAGCCGCUUCUCAGCCCCCCACCAACAGGAAUACGUCUAGUGCCCUGAUUUGAUGCCAACUGUUUCGGCCCGUAUCCCUUUCCGCUGUCGAUGACCCAGAGCAGCAAAGGGGUUAACUCCCUUGCAUUGUGUGUGUGUGGAGGGUUACCCCGACUUAGGAAUAUUGGGGUGCUCCUGAACCUCCUCACAGUGUUUUUAAAGGUGUUCAUGCCCAUUGAGAUUGGUUUUUACCUUCCCAACAUUUUUGGGGGUGCAGUGUACUGGGGAAGGGUUAACUGAAUAAGGGGGUACCCCUAAAUUCUGUCCAGCAUAGCUUAUUGGGGGGAGGGGGUGGGGUUUUCAUUUCUAGGCGGGGAGGGGUUUUAAGACCACCCCAAAAGAGGAUAUACCUGUAAAAAGCAUUUCUUAUGGGGCAUGUAUAUUCUGCCAUACGUUGGAGACACUAGCACGGAGAUUUUCUUUUUAGCUGGGGUUCACCCCAAUAUAACUGACCCGAUCGGUCUCUGAAGGGGGAGAUCCCCACCCCAAAAUCUUAUGAUCUGUUGUUAAAAUGCUUUCUCCCCCCCCUUUAAGAAUCUCUCCGCAUAAUUGCUAUGGUGGAAUUGUAUUUUAUUUUUAUUUUGUUUGCAAGGGGGAGGAGGCCCUGCAGGGAAUUUAAUGGCGGGGGGGGGGUGGCUUUAUUUAAAAGCAUUCCUGCUCGUUAGGGGGUUUUUAAACGAAUGAUCUGUGCGUGGCUGGGAUUCGUGUGGUCUUUGUCCUUUUUUGUACAGAAAUUAAAACUUGGUGUUUUGGAAAA